AUGCUGUCUCCAAAUGAUAAAAAGUUGGAAAAGCUGGAUCCGUUUUACCGGCCUUCAGUGGCCAAGCAGAAGACCAGUGCAGAGAUCAUAAGUGAGGCCCGAAAUGCAUUAAGAACAGUAAGGACCCAAAGACCAUAUACACCACAGGAAGACCAAAGGAAACUAUUUGGGCCUGCCUCUUCGAGGACAUCAGAAAAUAGACCCCCUUCCUCCUUCAGUCUCUAUGCGUCCAGUUUUGAGUCCUCUGAUUCCAGGUCCAUCUCUGGUACACGCCUCAGCCCACUAGAGCUUAAACCGAAAGCCCCAGCAUCUCCCACCACGGAGGAGGAUCCCUGCCUUUCUUUUCCUAAACCCCCAGUGGACCCUGCGAAGAUUAGAAGAAUAAGCAGUGCCCGGGCGCGCUUAUUCAGGGCGGCCUCCCAGGGGCCUCUUCUGCCAGACAGGACCCUUCCUCCCGCCGAGCGAAAGAAGACAGUGGAAUCCAAAGAAACAGUUAGGAUGGGGAACUCUAUGAUGAAAAUCAAUGGGAUUUAUGUGGCAGAAUCAAAGGCUAUUGGCCUCGUGAAGAGCCGCCUGCUUCAGCCAACAGAUGAGGGAGGCCUCAGUGAAGGCAAGGAACAGGAACUGUUCAAAGGGACAACAUCUUUGCCAUCUCCUCUCAGAAACGGAGGGGACCAGGUGAAGGGGCGUUCGAGGGCCUACUCAUGCCUCAACAGCUCGGACCCGAGCAGGCCGCAAACCAAAGCAGUCUCAAAAGCUGGCUUGCAAGUAAAGGAUACAGAAAUGGGAGCAGACGAUGUCUUUUGGAAUACAAGGAUCAUACCAAUUUUGAACAAGUUAGAAAAAGGAGGAGACAUUGAAAUGGUGUGUGCUGCUUGCACACAACUUCAUCACACUUUAGAGGAAGGAAACAUGCUUGGAAAUAAACUUAAGAGAAGAAAUAUUCUCCUGAAGACGCUGUAUAAACUAGUUGAUGUUGGUUCAGACCCACUCAACCUUAAACUUGCAAAAAUUAUUCUAGCACUUAAAGUGAGUAGAAAGAAUCUCCUUAAUGUCUGCAAACUUAUAUUUAAAAUAAGCAGGAAUGAGAAGAAUGAUUGUCUGAUUCAAAACGACAGCAUUCUGGAAUCACUAUUGGAGGUCCUGAGAAGUGAAGACCUGCAAACUAACACUGAGGCUUUUUUAUACUGUAUGGGGGCCAUCAAAUUCAUUUCUGGAAAUCCAGGGUUUCUUAAUGAAAUGAUCAGCAAAGGUGCUGUGGAAGUAUUGAUGAAUUUGAUAAAGCAGAUAAAUGAGAACACCAAGAAAUGCAGUACACAUUUGCCUAAUUCAGGUCACUUGUUAGUCCAGAUGACUGCUACAUUGAGAAACUUGGUUGAUUCACCACUAGCAAGAAGCAAGUUGCUGAGUGUCGGUGCCAUUGCCCAGCUCUGCACAGUGAUGGGGCAGUUCAUGAGUGACAAGGACGUGUGCACCAAUAUUGCCAGAAUAUUCAGCAAACUUACUACCUACCAUGACUGCUGUGUCACCUUGGCCAACGACUCCAGAUGUUAUGCCUUGUUUUUAAAUCUGAUAAACAAAUACCAGAAGAAACAGGACUUAGUUGUUCGUAUCAUUUUCAUUCUUGGCAACCUGACAGCGAAAAAUAACCAGGCUCGUGAACAGUUUUUCAAAGAGGACGGGAGCAUCCCAACUCUGCUGUCCUUAUUCCGUACGUUCUACAAACUGGAUCUGCACCCCAAGAGACGAGCUGGUGAAGGAGAUGAGCAGCCCAAGGAACAGAAGCUGCAGCCUCAGGUGGAGGACGUGCUCAUCAAGCUGACCCGCGUGCUCGCCAACCUGGCCAUUCACCCGGGCAUCGGGCCGGCCAUGGCUGCCAAUCCGCACGUGGUGGGCCUGCUCCUCACCACGUUGGAAUACAAGUCAAUUGAUGAUUGUGAGGAGCUGGUGAUCAAUACUACAGCAACAAUCAACAACUUAUCUUACUACCAAGUGAAGAAUUCCAUAAUCCAGAACAAAAAGCUACAUAUUGCUGAAUUGCUUUUAAAGCUUCUUGUGAGUAAUAACAUGGAUGGAAUCCUGGAGGCGGUGCGUGUUUUUGGAAAUCUCUCCCAGGACCAUGACAUCUGCGAUUUCAUUGUGCAGAAGAAUGUACACAAGUUCAUGAUUGCGCUGCUGGAUGCUAAGCAUCAGGAUAUUUGCUUUUCUGCCUGUGGCGUUCUUCUAAAUCUCACUGUGGAUGAAGACAAGCGUGUCAUCCUAAAAGAAGGAGGCAGCAUUAAAAAGUUAGUGGAGUGUUUAAGAGAGUUUGGUCCUACUGAUUGGCAGCUGGCCUGUUUGGUUUGCAAAACGUUAUGGAACUUCAGUGAAAAUAUUACUAAUGCUUCAUCGUGUUUUGGAGAUGAAGACACCAACACACUCUUAGUGCUGCUCUCAUCAUUUCUAGAUGAAGAAUUAGCACUGGAUGGCAGUUUUGACCAAGAUCUAAAAAACUAUCACAAACUCCACUGGGAAACAGAAUUCAAACCUGUGGCACAGCAGCUUCUAAACCGAAUUCAGACUCACCAUACCUUCCUGGAACCCCUGCCUAUUCCUUCUUUCUAA